UUUUUGGCGAAGAUCCUUAGACCAUAUGGUCGUGCCUAUGCUAGAGCUGUGCUCGGAUAGGAUUUUAUGUGUUAAAUUAGUGUUUGAUGAUUCUGCAUUAUUUAUAUUUUCUGUGUAUCUGCCACAGCAAAAUUGUCAUCAUACCACUUUUACUGAAACUUUGGAUAUUUUGAAUGAUUUUGUUGAGCGUAUAUCUAAUGAUGGUAAUGUUGUGAUAUUUGGCGAUGUGAAUGCAAAUUUAGGUACUUUACAGGGAUCACAUGGUGUAGGGGAUACACAGACGCAGAGUGGCAUAGAAUUGCACAAUUUUUGCCUGAGUAAUGAGCUAUGGGCAGUUGAUACAAACAGAGCUACUUUGGGUCCUGUGCAUACAUUUGAAAUGUUGAGAAAUGGUAAUUACUAUAGGUCAUAUAUUGAUCAUAUUAUUGUGUCCCUUCCUCUAUGCGGUAAUGUUUCCGAAUGUGUUAUAUUAGACAAUGAGCCUGGCAACACGUCAGACCAUCUCCCCAUAAUCACGACUUUUAGAGACCUCACUAGUGUUAAGCAUGUAAUUCAAAGAAAUGAUUGUGUUGGAUAUGCGUGGAAUAAAUUAUCAUCCGAUGAAAUUAAAUCAACGUACACAUCAUCUCUUGAUUUGCAAUGUAAGGGCAUUCUGAAUGAUUUACGGUUAAUUGGUGUAAAUAAUUUGGAAAACUGCCAAAUUGAUAGUUAUAUCUUGAAACUGGUAAAUGGCCUGAUUGAAUGCUCUAAUGCACAUAUCCCCAUUAAGAAGUUCUCAAAGCAUGUAAAGCCAUUCUGGAAUGAUGAAUUAACCAGAUUAGUAAAGUUAAAGAAGAAAAGAUGGCGUGAGUGGGUGUCGGCUGGUCGACCUCGAAAUGCGGAUAAUGUAAUUAGGGCCCAAUAUAAAUCUGCCAAAUGUGCUUUUAGAAAAUGUUUUAGAUGUAGUGAGUUUAUGUAUGAACAAAAUGAGCUUAAUCGUCUAUACAGGUCAGAAUCACUUGAUCAGCGUUACUAUUGGCAUCUUCUCAAUAAGAGCCGAAAUAGGGCUUCUAGGCGUCUGUCUCCAAUUAAAUCUGAUAAUGACGUCAUCGUAAGUGACGAGGCUGGAAUAAGGGAUGAAUGGCGCACUCACUUUGCUCGUUUGGCAACCCCUUCUGAUAAGCCUCAUUUUCACAGCCAUGCCAAGUGUGAAAUUGA